CAAACCCUCCAAGAGCUUCAUCAUGUGCCCCGGGUUCCUGUCUCUCGCUUGCAUGACAUGGGCCCCAUCAGGUCAACCCACCCUGUUAUCAGGAGGGUCAUUGACCCUCAGGCCGCUGACCCCAUGGCCAGGGUGCAGGCAGCAGGGAAGAGUAAGGUUCCCAAGACCAGAGUUGAAAGGGAUGCAAACCAGCAGCUUCUUGACCUUGGUCUGAAGGAUGCCCCGCUAGAUAAAUCAGCAGACAAUGACUCUGGAGGGGAGAAUGCUGAUGCUGCUGUCAACAUACCAGUAGUACAAAAUCAUGAUCAAGAUGGAGGAAAGAACAAAAACCUAGGAAUGGUCCAUCCUGCAGAUCUAGCCAAUGGGAAGCCUGGAGACCAGGCUAUUGAGAAACCAGGAGAGCAGGCUAUGGGGAACCCUGGAAACCAAGCUGUUAAGAAACCUGGAGACCAGGCUAUUGGGAAACCUGGAGACCAGGUUGAAGAACAUGAAGUUGGUAACGAGGAAAAUCAUCAAAACAAUGAUGAAGACAAUACACAUCUUGAACAUCACAAACUGGACAUUGAGGACACAGGACAAAGACCCGCCCCUGCGACAUGACAUCAUUAUAAAGGCUAUGCAUAGGUGUAGAUACUUCUCUUAAGGCCUGUACAAUAUGGGAAGCUGCUUUAUCUGUGGUGUGCUGUGCUAACUCUCCCAAUCCUUUCUACUGCAAAUAUGGGGACACUCAAACUUCACUCAAAAAUUCAGAUGCCUACAGUAGGCCCAGAUUGAAAUUGUACAUUCCCAUUAUAUUGUUUGUGAUUUAGAAAAUUGUUCAGAUAAUACCAAUUUGAAAGUAUUUUUCACAUUUGUGUAAUGUGUUUGAUUUUGUUGAGCUGUGAUAGAUGUCAGUCUUCAGUCUGCACAGUUUUGAUUACAUUUGCCUAGGAAAAAAUAGGUUCUAACUUUCCAUCAUGAACAAACUGUGCCAGAAAUGUGAGUUGUUGCAUUAAAUUCACGGCCUUCUUGACAAAACGUCCCAUUGGCACAGGAUUUAUUUAAGAUGCGAGUAUGGUCUUCUUUACACUAGUCAACUGAGCCAUGCUAGAUAUGAACACUUAUGUUUGUCAUUUUCAAGUUUCACUCUAAAUGCAAAAUAUGUUGGUUCAGAAAUGUCAUUGUCGCAGCUCAUACGUUGUGUUUUGUAUUAGACAUGGUCGCCACAUUAAGUUCCUGUAAAUUUCCUUGGUAACGAGAGGGUGGUAAUGUGCAUGUGUUAAAUCAAAUAUAUGAAUUCUAGGGUUUUCGAAAAGCUGUGUGCUUUAUUCGUAAGCAAUCCUGCAUGUUGACAAGUCAUGAUGUGAUCACCUAGGGUGACUAGAAAGGCCAGUUUGAACAAACAUAGUACUGGGUACAUGUCAAAAGAAGGUGUUAGGCAGCAGGGCAUACCACUUAGACACCGGUCACACACUGUACAAUUGCAGUCUGGUGCAUUCAUGGGAUAGUCAAGCUUGUGUCCUGGAAAAUUCAUCUGUCCUGCAUGUUAUGGAAAAUGUCAUAGAGCUUGUCAGAAGUUGGUUCUGUCACAUCAGAAUGGUACGUCAACCUAUGAUGAAUGUGAUUGCCCUGUUAGUGAAAGGGAAAAGAGGUAGUGAUGUAUGGGCACUCUUUACUACCGAGCAAAUUUUAUAUUUGUAAAUAUAUUUACACAUAUUGUAAGAGGUGAAAAAAAGCAGAGGCAGAAUGUCAGUUUGUAUAAAGCGUUUUUGCCCCAUGUUACUGGGUGAG